CCAGGUCCGUCGAGAUGAAGCAUCCUGCAGGCUGCAAUGCAUUCGCAUUACCACUUGUAUUUUUCUCUGGGCAGUGGGCACAUUGCAUACAUGGUUGAAAUUUUGUGUUUCAGUUCUUGCAGUGUUUUUUGUGUACUAAAUACGAUAAUGUGUCAUAGUUUUCGUAUUACAUUAUUUAUUCGCGAUGUAUUUGUUAAAUUGAUUAUCAACGUACAUACAAAGGCUUGACGAUCUUGAUCUAAACAUAGGUAUAGAAUGGCUCCAGUACGAAGUACUCGUAAUACAGACAGAAAAUCAAUCCAAUCCUCAAACUCUCCUGCAAAAACCGAAACGUCUACGAUGCAAACCAGAUCUUCAGACCCAGACACACAGAGCCAAAGUAGUUCGUCAAAAACAUCAAUUAUGCCUAUUAGAAAAUAUUCUGAACCGAACCGCCUCCUACAUCCAAAUGAUAUACUCCCCGACGCUGACAUGAAAAAAAUUAAUGACUGGUGGAUUGAAGAAAUGCAAACCAUAGAAUAUUCAUUCAGCGUCUUCACUAAGAAGAAAUACUUUGUGCCGAAGUACAGCUUCAUUAAUACCAUAUUCGAGAUAGACUUCCCUAGCUAUGCAGUAUUUUUUCCCACAGGUUGUUGUAAAACUGUUACAGCAAUAUGGUUAGAAUUCUUCUUCUCAUUUAAAAUAUGCGAACGCGAUAGAGACGAAGUUCGACUAGAAUAUUUGACGACUGUAAAAUCUCAACUAAUAGAAGAACACGAAGGGAAGUAUUAUGUGAUCAGAUUCUCAUUCAGAAAAUUUCCCCUCGAUCCGGAGGAAUGUUUCUAUAAAACACUUUAUAACGUCCUAGAGCAAGAGCUGUACACAACCGAGCCUGAACUUUUUGAAGAUGCGAACAUUCGAAACGAUAUUAAUUCCAGUUUACUACUCAACGCGAUCGUUAGUUGGCUGCAUAAAAAAUACGGAAAACGAACAAUCGUCAUUAUCGAUGACAUCGAUUACCUGCUAAAUAGGUUCGUACAAUCGAACGUUUCUGCCUCGCAUGAAAAUAGAAUGAAACUUCAGUUAAAUAACGUUUUGACCAACUUGAGCUCGGACCCAUUAAUCGAACGAGCUGUGUUAUUCGGAAUACAUCCACCACACGGAAUUCUAAGAAGUCGAGAAUGGUGGAUUAUAGAUUUUCACGAUAAAAACGCAGCCGAAUGCUUUAUGUUUACCAGCAGCGAAGUACAAGAUUUAUUAGCAAGAUACCAAAUGGAAGAAAAAAUUUCGCAAGUGGAAAAAAAUUACGGCAACUACCAGUACGACUUGUUUUGCCCAGCCUCGGUUGUGGCUUACGUAACGCACAAUGGGAAAGCUGCAUUGUAUAAAUGGUUCCGCGACAGCGGCGACAUAUCGAAAUUCGAUAUUAAAUCAAUGGAAAGUUGGUUAGCGCCAUUUAUCGAUGGCAAUGAGCAUCGAAGAUACAUCGACAUAAAUUCUUCCCAUUUCGUGCGACCGGUGCAUGAACACGACGCGUUAUUACAGUACACGUAUGCCGGAUUAUUGAAGAUGGAUUUACCCGAUGGUCGUCUUGCUGCUGGUCUUUACAAAUUAUCUGCGGGAAAUUCGGAAAACUUGAGUAUAAUCGCCCAUUUCCUCGAGAAAAUCGUGAAUAUUAAUAAUAAUUACAGGCAAAUUGAUACAGCCACGAAAGCAUUAAACGAGUGCAAUUUCCCAAAACUGGCGACUGUAUUUAACAUAAUACUUGAAUCUUUUAAACCAACUGAACUUGCAUCAGAAAGGGAUUAUCGAAACGCCAUCAAAGUCUUGUUCAAAUUCAUACCCGGAUGGAAGGAAAGGUCCAACGCUGAUAAAGGGACUGUGAAUCAGAUACUUUUCAAUAGUUGCCGAACAGAUUUUCGAGUUUUUAAUCAUCGUUUGAAUUAUCUGUACAUCUUCGAAGUCAACUUUAUCGAAAGGAGAGACGACGUUAUUGUAAAUAGAAAUGUAAUCAAAGAAAAAAUUCAGGAAGCGUUCAAGCUGAUAAAAGAUAAACGGGCAAAUUAUACGAAAAUUCAAGAAGUGGCGAUGAUCUGCCAUGGAGAAUAUGUUACGAUGGUGGGUCGGCCACAUGCCAGCUAAUCUAGUAUAUCUAUAGUGAAAUUAUUAUUAUCUAGGUAUUUAUAUUUACUAAUAGGUAAUUAAGUAUGCAUGUAAUGACCAUGCCACGAAUGUAAUGUUGAAUUUAUUACAUUAUUAAACUUUUUUUUUGCCAUAUCAAAUAACUGUGUCAUUCAAACAUUGAAAACCAGAAUUUCUAAAAAUUAUUGACAAAAUUUUCAAAAUUAAAAUUACGAGUACCAAACAAAAUUUUUAUUGAAAAAACAAUUUGUUGAAGACAAUUUGAAAUGUCAAAAAAUUAAAUCGAGUGAAAAAUUACAAUUUUUUCAAAAAAAAGUUGUGAUUGUAAUGGUUCUAAAUUUUUAGAAAUAGAUUUUUCAAAAUUGUACUAAGCGUCCAAGGUACAAGUACAUAAUUAUUAAAGAAAUGGUGAAAUUUCCAAAAUUAUCCAAAAAGAAGUUGUUCUACACAAUUUCUCCAAAACGGUUUAAAAUGAUAAAAAAAAUCAGAAAAUCAAAACUUCCAAAAAAAAAUUGAAAUUACCAGAAAGUUAUAUAUUUCAAAAAACCAACUAGUAAAGUAUCAAUUAAGGAUGGGAAAAAAUCAAGAUUUCCAAAAUUACCUAAAAAGAAACUAUUCGAAGCACUUCCUGAAAAAAUAUAAAUUCAAAAAAGCAAAAAUGAUUAAAAUAAUUUCCAAACGAAUUUUCUGAAUUUCUGAUAUUCAAGGAUUGGGAAAAGGUUCAAAUGUUUUUCAAAAUUGAUCGAAGAGAAGCAGAAAAGUGCAUAUUUACAAAAUAUAAAUUCUAUUAGCCUAAGUACAUAUGUAAUAAUUAUGAAAUAAAAAGUUAAACUAGGUAUUCGG